CCUGCUUCGAAUCCUCCGCCCGUCGCCAAAACCCACACUCCCCGACCCUCGCCGCCUCCGCCACCGCCACCUCGCCUCCUCUUAUACGCCUCGCCCCCACCGCCUUUCUACGCUAGCUGCCGCACCCACCUCCGCGCCGCUGCCGCCAUGUACUCCACGGCCAUGUCCCUCUCCGCGGCUUCGGCGGCGGCGGUCGCCAGCAGCGCCGCCUCCUCCAGGCCCAACGCGAUCCGGCCGGCUGCUGGGCUCCGCUUCUGCGGCCUCCGGCGCGAGGCUCUCGGGCUCCGCUCGCUCCGGUCCUCGCCGCAGGUGGUGGCCGCCAUGCGGAGCGUGGCGGCUGCUGCCACGGCGGGGAAUGGCGCGGCCGGCAGCGGCGGGUUCGACUACGACCUCGUGAUCAUCGGAGCCGGCGUCGGCGGCCACGGCGCCGCCCUUCACGCAGUCGAGAAGGGUUUGAAAACUGCCAUAAUUGAGGGAGAUGUUGUGGGUGGUACUUGUGUGAACAGAGGUUGUGUUCCAUCAAAGGCUCUCCUUGCUGUAAGUGGUAAGAUGCGGGAACUUCAAGAUGAGCAUCACAUGAAGUCACUGGGCCUACAGGUUUCCUCACCAGGAUAUGACAGACAGGCUGUUGCUGACCAUGCAAAUAAUCUUGCCUCUAAAAUACGCAGCAACUUGACCAAUUCAAUGAAAGCUCUAGGUGUGGAUAUACUGACUGGUAUUGGCACAAUUGUGGGGAAGCAAAAAGUGAGAUAUGGAAAGGUUGGUUUUCCAGACAAUGAAAUCACCGCUAGAAACAUCAUAAUUGCCACCGGAUCUGUUCCUUUUGUCCCCAAGGGCAUUGAAAUAGAUGGUAAAACUGUAUUCACUAGUGAUCAUGCUCUAAAACUUGAGUCAGUCCCUGACUGGAUAGCUAUUGUUGGAAGUGGUUACAUUGGACUUGAAUUCAGUGAUGUAUACACGGCUCUGGGAAGUGAGGUUACUUUUGUUGAAGCUCUUGAUCAAUUAAUGCCUGGGUUUGAUCCUGAGAUUGGGAAAUUGGCGCAGAGGAUUCUUAUAAAUCCUCGUAAAAUUGACUAUCACACUGGUGUUUUUGCAAGCAAGAUUACCCCAGCAAAGGAUGGUAAACCUGUUUUAAUUGAGUUGAUUGAUGCUAAGACGAAAGAACACAAGGAGACUCUUGAGGUGGAUGCAGCACUCAUAGCUACUGGAAGGGCACCCUUCACCAAAGGACUUGGCUUGGAAAAUAUCAAUGUUGUUACACAACGUGGUUUUGUUCCUGUUGAUGAGCGGAUGCAAGUUAUGGAUGCAGAUGGCAGUGUGGUUCCUAAUUUGUAUUGCAUUGGAGAUGCCAAUGGUAAGCUCAUGCUUGCUCAUGCAGCCAGCGCACAAGGAAUCUCAGUUGUGGAGCAAAUCAGUGGGAGGGACAACAUCCUAAAUCACCUAAGCAUCCCGGCUGCCUGUUUCACUCAUCCUGAGAUCAGCAUGGUUGGGUUGACAGAGCCACAAGCUAGGGAGAAGGCUGACAAGGAAGGAUUUGAAGUAAGUGUUGUAAAGACCAGUUUUAAGGCUAACACAAAGGCUCUGGCGGAGAAUGAAGGAGAUGGACUUGCUAAGAUGAUUUACCGUCCUGACACUGGAGAAAUUCUUGGAGUUCACAUUUUGGGCUUGCAUGCUGCUGACCUUAUCCACGAGGCAUCAAAUGCCAUUGCCCUUGGAACUCGUGUGCAAGACAUCAAGUUUGCUGUUCAUGCACACCCAACCUUGUCGGAGGUUCUGGAUGAGCUCUUCAAGGCUGCCAAGGUUAACUCGGCAGGUGUUUCGCAUUCUGUAAAUGAGCCGGUUGCAGCGUAGAGACUAGAGAGGAACAAGAGCGGCUAUCUUGGUUGUACCUAACGAGCCUACUACUCAUAGAAAACUGAUCUUGUAGCCAUUUGCAGGCAUUUUCGUCAUGAGCUCCAGGGAUUAGUGCCAACACUAUAUACUUGUAUUUAUUGAGGUAAAGAGAGAUCCAGUGGUGCCCAUCCUAUGUAUGGAGAACUAUAAAUUUUGUAGCCCUUUGUAGAGAGUAAACGUAAAGUGCCUUCACGUGAUUGCCUUGAUAGAAGUUCGUGCAUGUUUCGAGAGUGGUUU